UUUCAGGUGCCAUGUUUCAGAACAGAGGAAGACAACUGAGAAAGAAGAGUUGAAGAAAGUAACACAGAAACAGAUACAGGCUAAUUGGGGGAAAAAAAAUUGACCUGUCUCUGAGGUGACUAAAGGGGAAUAAUGGUGAUUUUGCGCCGGGCUCGGCCGCCUGCUUCCGCCCCAACCAGCAAUGAAUCUUGACUCGCUCUCGCUGGCCUUGUCUCAAAUCAGCUACCUGGUGGACAAUUUAACCAAGAAAAACUACCGAGCCAGCCAGCAGGAAAUACAGCAUAUUGUGAACAGGCACGGUCCCGAGGCAGACAGGCAUCUACUACGCUGUCUAUUCUCGCACGUGGAUUUCAGUGGCGAUGGUAAAAGCAGUGGCAAAGAUUUUCAUCAGACUCAAUUUCUGAUCCAGGAGUGUGCGUCGCUGAUUACAAAACCAAACUUUAUCUCGACGCUGUCCUACGCCAUUGACAAUCCCUUGCACUAUCAGAAGAGUCUAAAGCCUUCACCCCAUUUAUUUGCCCAAUUGAGUAAAGUCAUCAAAUUAAGUAAAGUUCAAGAGGUGAUUUUUGGUCUCGCUUUACUGAACUCAUUCAGCUCAGAUCUAAGAGGUUUUGCUGCCCAGUUCAUCAAACAGAAACUCCCGGAUCUCUUGCGCUCUUACAUUGACGCGGACGUCAGUGGAAACCAAGAAGGUGGCUUCCAAGAUAUUGCAAUAGAGGUCCUGCACCUUCUGCUCUCCCAUCUCCUCUUUGGGCAGAAGGGAGCCUUUGGGGUAGGACAGGAACAGAUCGACGCUUUCCUCAAAACAUUACGUAGAGAUUUUCCCCAGGAGCGUUGCCCUGUGGUGCUUGCACCACUUCUAUACCCUGAAAAACGGGACAUUCUAAUGGACAGGAUCCUGCCUGAUUCUGGAGGGAUAGCCAAAACCAUGAUGGAGAGUUCCCUGGCAGAUUUCAUGCAAGAAGUUGGCUAUGGCUUUUGUACCAGUGUCGAAGAAUGUCGCAACAUCAUCAUGCAGUUUGGCGUUCGGGAAGUCACGGCUGCUCAGGUCGCCAGGGUGUUGGGGAUGAUGGCUCGAACUCAUUCAGGAUUGACAGAUGGUAUUCCAUUACAGUCUAUUUCGGCUCCUGGCAGUGGGAUUUGGAGUGAUGGGAAAGAUAAGAAUGAUGGAGCCCAAGCCCAUACCUGGAAUGUGGAGGUCUUGAUUGAUGUUCUUAAAGAGCUGAACCCUAGCCUGGACUUCAAAGUGGUGACGUACGAGUUGGACCAUCCAGGAUUUCAGAUUCGUGACAGUAAGGGCCUGCAUAUUGUAGUGUUUGGCAUCCAGAGAGGGCUGGGCAUGGAGGUUUUUCCGGUGAAUGCCAUAUACAGACCUUGGAAGCAUGCAGAGGGCCAGCUCUCCUUCAUUCAACAUUCCCUCAUAAACCCUGACAUCUUCUGUUUUGCUGACUACCCUUGCCAUGCUGUUACCACAGACAUCCUGAAAGCACCACCAGAGGAUGACAAUCGAGAAAUUGCUACAUGGAAGAGCCUAGAUUUGAUCGAAUCUCUGUUACGACUGGCUGAAGUGGGGCAGUAUGAACAGGUUAAGCAGCUCUUCAGUUUCCCUAUCAAGCAUUGCCCAGAUAUGCUGGUAUUGGCCUUACUGCAGAUCAACACGUCCUGGCAUACCUUGCGCCACGAACUCAUCUCCACACUCAUGCCAAUUUUCCUUGGCAACCAUCCCAACUCUGCCAUCAUUUUGCACUAUGCAUGGCAUGGACAGGGUCAGUCUCCUUCAAUUCGUCAGCUUAUCAUGCAUGCGAUGGCAGAAUGGUACAUGAGAGGGGAACAGUAUGACCAAGCAAAAUUGUCACGAAUUCUUGAUGUGGCACAAGACUUGAAGGCCUUGUCAAUGCUGCUAAAUGGUACUCCAUUUGCCUUUGUUAUUGACCUUGCUGCACUUGCCUCUCGACGGGAAUACCUCAAACUUGACAAAUGGCUCACAGAUAAAAUUCGGGAGCAUGGGGAGCCUUUCAUCCAGGCCUGUAUGACUUUCUUAAAGAGAAGAUGUCCAUCUAUCCUGGGUGGCCUUGCUCCAGAAAAAGAUCAGCCCAAAAGUGCUCAGCUUCCUCCGGAAACCUUGGCGACUAUGUUGGCCUGUCUCCAAGCCUGUGCUGGGAGUGUUUCUCAGGAGCUGUCAGAGACGAUUCUCACCAUGGUAGCAAACUGCAGUAAUGUCAUGAACAAGGCUCGGCAGCCACCACCUGGAGUGAUGCCGAAAGGUCGCCCGCCCAGCGCCAGCAGCUUGGAUGCCAUCUCUCCUGUGCAGAUCGACUCGCUUGCGGGAAUGGCAUCUCUUAGUUUAGGUGGCUCAGCUGCUCCUCACACCCAGAGCAUGCAAGGCUUCCCUCCAAACCUGGGCUCUGCAUUCAGUACUCCUCAGUCACCAGCAAAAGCGUUCCCCCCUCUUUCCACCCAGAACCAGACGACAGGUUUCAGUGGCAUUGGAGGACUCUCUUCACAGCUUCCAGUAGGUGGUCUUACUACGGGUAGCCUGAGUGGCAUAGGAACUGGAGCCCUGGGCCUUCCUGCUGUGAACAAUGACCCAUUCGUGCAAAGGAAGCUGAGCACAUCUGGACUGAACCAGCCUACAUUCCAGCAGAGUAAGAUGAAACCUUCUGACUUAUCUCAGGUGUGGCCAGAGGCUAACCAGCACUUUAGCAAAGAAAUAGAUGAUGAGGCAAACAGCUACUUCCAGCGUAUUUACAACCAUCCACCACAUCCCACCAUGUCUGUGGAUGAGGUCUUGGAAAUGCUGCAGAGGUUUAAAGACUCCAACAUUAAACGUGAACGAGAAGUGUUUAACUGUAUGCUGAGGAACUUGUUUGAGGAAUAUCGUUUCUUUCCCCAGUACCCAGACAAGGAGCUGCACAUCACUGCCUGCCUCUUUGGUGGGAUCAUAGAGAAAGGACUGGUUACAUAUAUGGCAUUGGGCCUGGCCCUGCGCUAUGUUCUUGAAGCCUUACGAAAGCCUUUUGCAUCCAAAAUGUACUAUUUUGGUAUUGCUGCACUAGAUAGAUUUAAAAAUAGAUUGAAGGACUAUCCCCAGUAUUGUCAGCACUUGGCUUCUAUUAGUCACUUUAUACAGUUCCCACAUCAUUUACAGGAGUACAUAGAAUAUGGACAGCAAUCCAGAGAUCCUCCUGUGAAGAUGCAGGGAUCAAUCACCACCCCUGGAAGUAUUGCACUUGCCCAGGCUCAGGCCCAGGCCCAGGUUCCAGCAAAAGCUCCUCUUGCUGGCCAAGUCAGCACUAUAGUAACCACCUCAACCACCACCACCGUUGCAAAAACGAUUACAAUCACCAGACCAACUGGAGUCAGCUUCAAGAAAGAUGUGCCGCCUUCCAUUAAUACUACCAACAUUGAUACGCUGUUAGUAGCAACAGAUCAAACAGAGAGAAUUGUGGAACCACCAGAGAAUGUCCAGGAAAAAAUUGCUUUCAUCUUCAAUAAUUUGUCUCAGUCCAAUAUGACACAGAAGGUGGAAGAAUUGAAGGAAACAGUGAAAGAAGAGUUCAUGCCUUGGGUAUCACAGUACCUUGUGAUGAAGAGAGUCAGUAUUGAGCCUAACUUUCACAGCUUGUAUUCAAACUUCCUUGACACACUUAAGAAUCCAGAGUUUAAUAAGAUGGUUCUGAAUGAAACCUACAGAAAUAUCAAGGUGCUAUUGACAUCAGAUAAAGCUGCAGCUAACUUCUCAGACCGUUCCUUGUUAAAGAACCUUGGUCACUGGCUGGGAAUGAUUACACUGGCUAAAAAUAAGCCCAUCUUGCACACGGAUUUGGAUGUGAAAUCGCUGCUACUGGAAGCAUAUGUUAAGGGACAGAAGGAAUUGCUCUAUGUAGUGCCAUUUGUUGCCAAAGUCUUAGAAUCCAGUGUCAGGAGUGUGGUCUUCAGGCCUCCAAACCCAUGGACAAUGGCCAUUAUGAAUGUUUUAGCUGAGCUGCAUCAAGAACAUGAUCUAAAAUUGAAUCUGAAGUUUGAGAUUGAGGUGCUGUGCAAGAAUCUUGCACUAGACAUCAAUGAGCUGAAACCUGGAAGUUUGCUGAAAGAUAAGGAUCGUCUGAAAAAUCUGGAUGAGCAGCUGUCUGCUCCAAAGAAGGAUGUGAAGCAGCCAGAAGAGCUACCACCCAUCACAACAACUACUGCUUCUACAACUCCAGCUACCAGCACCACCUGUACAGCCACAGUCCCUCCACAGCCUCAGUACAGUUAUCAUGACAUCAAUGUCUAUUCUUUAGGAGGUUUGGCCCCACAUAUUACCUUAAAUCCAACGAUCCCGCUGUUCCAAGCCCACCCGCAGCUGAAGCAGUGUGUGCGGCAGGCGAUAGAGCGUGCGGUGCAGGACCUCGUGCAUCCCGUGGUGGAUCGAUCCAUUAAGAUUGCCAUGACAACUUGUGAGCAGAUAGUCAGGAAGGACUUUGCUCUGGAUUCGGAGGAGUCACGGAUGCGUGUGGCCGCACACCACAUGAUGCGGAACCUGACUGCUGGGAUGGCCAUGAUCACCUGCAGGGAACCUUUGCUGAUGAGCAUAGCUACCAACUUGAAAAACAGUUUUGCUACUGCACUGAGGGCAGCCUCCCCACAGCAGAGGGACAUGAUGGAGCAGGCAGCUGCCCAGUUAGCACAGGAUAACUGUGAGCUGGCUUGCUGCUUUAUCCAGAAGACAGCUGUGGAAAAGGCAGGCCCUGAGAUGGACAAGAGGCUUGCAACUGAAUUUGAGCUCAGAAAACAUGCUAGACAAGAGGGUCGGCGAUACUGUGAUCCUGUUGUAUUAACUUACCAGGCUGAGCGGAUGCCAGAACAGAUCAGGUUAAAGGUUGGAGGUGUCGACCCAAAACAGCUGGCUGUUUAUGAAGAGUUUGCACGCAAUGUCCCUGGCUUCUUGCCCACCAACGACUUAACUCAGCCUACAGGAUUCUUGGCUCAGCCUAUGAAGCAAGCUUGGGCUACAGAUGAUGUAGCACAGAUCUAUGAUAAGUGUAUGACAGAACUGGAGCAGCACCUGCAGUCCAUUCCACACACCCUGGCCAUGAAUCCUCAAGUCCAAGCCUUGCGUAGUCUCUUGGAGGCUGUGGUGGUGGCUCGGAACUCCCGCGAUGCUAUUGCUGCACUUGGCCUUCUGCAGAAGGCUGUAGAGGGUUUGCUGGAUGCCACCAGUGGGGCUGACGCUGACCUUCUGCUCCGCUAUCGCGAGUGCCAUCUGCUUGUGCUGAAGGCUCUGCAGGAUGGCCGUGCCUAUGGCUCUCCCUGGUGUAACAAACAAAUUACCAGGUGCCUGAUUGAAUGCAGAGAUGAGUACAAGUACAAUGUGGAAGCUGUGGAGCUGCUCAUCCGCAAUCACCUCGUUAACAUGCAGCAGUAUGACCUUCACUUGGCUCAGUCCAUGGAGAAUGGCUUGAACUAUAUGGCUGUGGCAUUUGCCAUGCAGCUGGUAAAAAUCCUGUUGGUGGAUGAGAGAAGUGUCGCCCACGUUACAGAAGCAGAUCUGUUUCACACCAUUGAGACACUCAUGAGAAUUAAUGCUCACUCCAGAGGAAAUGCCCCAGAAGG